GGAGGUACAUAUUGUUGUUGUUGGUGUUGCUAUCUUCCUCGCGCUAAUAGUUUACCUUGCUCGCCUACCGCACACACGCACACACACCUGCCCCGCGUUGCACGUAGGCGAAAACGGGCCGUCUAUAUAUGGGUUUCCUGCUUGUUCCCGCACACUCCUGUCGGCCAUGUUUUCGGACGGCGCAGUCCUUUAUAAGUUCUAAACAAAGUGUAACCCGCUCCGCCAACAACCGUCGGUGCCGUAGGUGCGAUUGAAAGAAUCUCCGCCCGCUGCAGAACGACCGGAAGAACGCACAAAAUGCGGCACGGAACUGGCUCGCCUCCAGCCCGUCCUUGCUGAGCAGCUGCUGCGCCAUCAGAAACACAACACAACUCCAGCGUCAUCGUCGCCGUCUCGCCGUCGACAAGCGUAAAUCAGGUGUGAAAAUCGGAGUCCGUCGAUUGUUCUAGCGGUGUAACGCCCUGCUUCGUUACAACGGAAUAACAGCGCAGCGACAACUGGUCGGACGGAAACCACGUCCCGCGGGGGCCUGCCUAUUUGUUCGGCUGAAGUGAAAUCAAACAGCCCCCCAUCAAACAGCAUCAGUUCAUCUAAGUAUGCUCUCCAGCAGUUGAAGCAUAGCGACAAAGAAAGCGUAGAACGGUCCCGGAUCAUCUAGUCAGCGGAAUCAGAACAAUCGACUAGCAGCAGCAGCAGUCCACGGCUUCGCAGAAAGAACACAGCCAAGAUGAGCCUACAGAACGGUAGUGGCAAUCGUGGCCACCACGGCAAGGAUUCGGCCAAGCGGUUCUCCAUACACGACGCGUUCGAGGAGGAAACGGACGAGGUAAUUAAGGUGUACGGCUCGACCGUCAUCAGUACACCGAUGCGGGCGAAGGCGCGCUCCCCGGACGAUGUGUCGAUUAGAAUACACGAUCAAAGUAAUCGAGCCCAUCUAAAGUACACCGAUGAUACCACCUCCAGGGAUAGUGAUUCGCUGAUACAGGAGUACGGGCACCUGUCGGCGAGCGAAUCGUACACCUACUGCUGGCGGCACCCGAAGGUGCGGGAAAACUGGCGCACGGUGCUGGCCGCAUUCGCCCUGCUGAUCAUCGGCAUCGGACUGAUCGUGAUGGGUGCGUACGCGCUGGUCGAACCACACAACGGAUCACAGGCGGCCGUGUUUUUCGUCGCCGGCUUCAUCUGCUUCGUCCCCGGCGCGUACCACGUCGUGUACAUCUGGCUGGCGGCCCGCGGCUACCGAGGAUUCGACUUCUACCACCUACCGCUUUUCACGUAAUAAGUGUGUGUGUACGUGUGUGCGUGGAAAAUGGAACACCAGCGCGGGAAGGAAGUACACCGGCAGUAAGAGGUGAGACCGAAUUUUCGACUGUGCGUUCGGGGUUUCUGGGGAAGGCCAGGGUCAACGGCGGCAGGGGCAGGGCCACGCCAUUUAGCUUAGUUUUUGCGGCAGUUUUAUAGAAUUACUUACGAUAACAACGGGCAAAAGACUUGCGAACAAGCGGUUUGUUCAUGGUUUACCUAUUUCUACGCUACGCUAUCUUGUUUUCGUACGCCGAGAAAGGAUCUAGUAGGCUAGUAGUGAGAGAAACCUGUAGAAGAAUCAUCACGUUUUUCUUUCCCAAAGCAUAAUGUGAAGAAUAGCGAAUGAUGAUGAUGAUGAUGAUGAUAGGCCCCGCACAGAUGUACUGUUGUUGUGAAUUCAUAAAUCGCUCACAGCACCACGUUCACAGGGCGAGCAUAUGGCACACACAACAACACCAUCCCGUCCGUUGCUAGCGUCUUCCAGCGUACACUCGCGCACCCCCUUCACAACAACAACAACAACAAAAAGGUCCCAUAUUUUGUAUGCACACCACCGAACUAGGAAGGGAUACAUUAUUUUUGAUUGUAUAAAAUCAAACGACAGUAAAACAGCAAAACCGACAACACAGUAAGAAGGUUCAACCAAAACGACGGCGCCUAAGCUUAUUAUAUAAAAAAAGUAUUUUUUCCACAAAAACGGGGCGAUUUACUGCACUGUCCGCGUGAAAGCACCUGUUUCAAAGUCAUUCUGCAACGCGCUCGGUCCAUUUCUUUGCGUGCCAUUGUAUUAUACUUUUUUUUUAUUGCUAUUUCUCCAGGGAGAAAUAUAAGUAGGCUGAGAAGGGAAAACAAUAUUGACCAAUGCAUCUCGAAGGUUUAAUAGAUUUGCAGCGCGAGCUUUACCAUGGUUACAGGAGGAACCGUUUUGUUUACACUACAGCUAAGCGUGUCUAUAUUGCACUACACAAACAUUUGAACGAUUUAAAUAUUAGCAUACAUUUACAGCAUCAUACAAUUUCCGAUUCAGAACGAGGCGGCGCGAGCGAAUAGGUAGGAAUUAGGAGAAAGGAAGAGGUAAUGAAUUGUCCAAAACUCUGUGGUAAAAUCAAAUGCGAAUGCGAAAAAUAAGCAAACAAUGCUGAGGAGGUCCGAAAGGCUUGUUCACACUAGCAUCAUUAUAAUAAUUAUUAUUGCUACUACUACUACUAUCCCUUUAGUAGUUCGCUUGCUGAUCGAUGACUAGGCGUUGAUACAGCUGAAGUGCUUAUAUACAUGUAUGCCGUGGAAAGGAGAAAGGAUGGGUGGUUGUAAUGGGGUCUUAUCUUUAGUAUUGCGAGGUUUUGGGGCUCAAUACAAACACACAUAUAUUUAUAGUAGAUGCGCUGUAAACCGGAAACGGGAUGAUUUACCCCCCCCCCCCCCCCCCCCUCAACAACUCUAUUCGGAACCAAAUUUUUGUAUCGAAACAAUCAAACAGGCACAUUUUUGCACUACACUACCACCAUCCCAUCCCUAUAUUAGGCAUGUAAAGUCGAGAAUAAUACAGUACGAGCUCUCUUUAAAAAAAAAACAGGCCUAGAAAGUGUUAUCCACAAAUUUGAUAGACAGCUGUAAAACGUUUACUAACACACCGAUUUACUGCAAAUUUAAUUGCAAUUUAGGGGGGCAACCACCAAACGAAAAAAAAAAACAAAAGCAAAGUGCAAGAUGGAAGGUAAUCGCUUACGCUCGAUAACGCUUUCAUUGCUGCAGGAAAAAAAAAAUAAUGGCAAAUUGGGGGCCACCGUGCUUUAUCUAAGGCGUAUUGGUUUACCUUUCGGUUCUGGAUUGGAUUGGAACUUAAAUGGGUAGAACCAUAAUCGACCACCGGGAAGGCAUCGGGUGACGAUGGUUUUGUUAAUUCCCGUAACCGUCAACAACAUUACUAUUUGUGAUAAAACUCUGUGUGGAAGAUGAAUGAAUGAAAUACAAUACGAAAAGAAAAUCGGCAGUCGGAAAGUGGGAAAACAAGAGAACUGAUGAUGAUGCUGUUGUAUGACGACGCUUGGAAUAGUACGAUUAACUAACUAGCUUCAGCAAAACAGUAAAUGUUUCCCUGCGUUUUUUGCUCACAUUCUCCACUAAUACGCGCGAAGACCAUUGUAUUUAUAUAUACAUAUAAUCAAACAAUAUUUACGUUUCCUUUGUAAUCUAUACCACUGCACUAAAUACGUAUUUUUUGCUACUUUACGUUAAGGUAACGGCUACAGACAUACAACUGUUCGAACAUUUUAUUUAAAAACGUACUACCAAGUGCAGCAAUAAGCUUGCUUGAAAGGGUGUAAAGUAAUGUAAAGCAUGGGAUUUAUUGGAAACAAAAUAACAUCUUAAAACACCGUAUAAAAAAGAGCUUUAACCUAAACUGUUCCCGUAUUGGCACACCCAAACAAACACGAUGAUAUAAAAAAACGAAACAAAAGCUACAAUUGGAUAGAAUAAAAAUGCAAUAAAUUAGGUGCAAUUAAAAAAAACACACACAUACACACACUAACAUAAAAAAACUAAGCCGAAAAGAGUAAAACCGAUGAAAAGGAGACAAUUUUUACGCGUACACUUUACAAGCACGAAAAAGCAAAAUCAAAAAUAUAAAAGUUCAUUCAUUUCCAUUGCAACAUAAAUAGGAAAUCAAGAGUAGUGAAGGAGAGGAAAGAAAAGAGAGACGAAAAAAGGUUGCAAAUGAUACAGAGAGAAUACUCAAAGCAAGAAGUAGCGCGAAUUAGUGGCGAAUUACACAUUACAUUAAAUGCAUAAACACCCUUUAUACGACACUUUCCUCAAAAUCAGUAUGAUAGAGAAGAGGAGGGCACCAUUGGCGCUGGUAUAGGGUCAUAGUAAAAGGAAAAGAUACACUUUAAACGUAAACCACCCUCCCUGACCUUCCGGUUGUGGAUGCGGGGGGUUGGGGACUGGGCGCUUUGUAACAUGAUAGCACACCCAUGGCGCGGUGUAUUUAAAUGACUAUUAUUAUUAUUAUUAUUAUUAUAUUAUAUUAUUACUAGUGACUUUGAAUAAAAAGUUUUAUAAAACAGAG